AUGACGGGUUCAGUCGCCAAUGCCUCUGCCGCUAGCGGCACCGAAGUUGGAUACCCCAAUGGCCACCUUGGACACCUCAAGCCGGAAGAGCAGGAAGCGCUUGAAAGCUUCAAGACCUACCUGGCAGAAAAGGGAUAUUAUAAGCCGGGGCCGCCGGCUUCGCAUGACGAACAGACAUUGCUACGAUACUUGCGCGCCCGGAGAUGGAACGUGGUUGAUGCAUUCAAACAGUUCAAGGAGACGGAGGAUUGGCGCAAGGCGAACGACCUGAACGUUCUGUACGACACCAUCGACUUGGAGGCGUACGAGGCCAGCAGGCGGUUGUACCCUCAAUGGACGGGUAGAAGAGAUAGGAGAGGCAUCCCCCUCUACCUCUUCGAGAUCCGCCACCUCGACUCCAAGACCGUCUCGACCUACGAAAAAGCCGCCGAAACGAACCCCUCCAAGGCCGUCACCGACGGCCAGACCUCGCCCAAGCUCCUGCGCCUCUUCGCUUUGUACGAGAACCUCACCCGCUUCGCCCAGCCGCUGUGCACCGAGCUUCCCGACCGCGCGCACGCCACCACCACACCCAUCACCCUGUCCACCAACAUCGUCGACGUCUCUGGCGUCUCGCUCCGCCAGUUCUGGAACCUCAAGUCGCACAUGCAAGCGGCCUCGCAGCUAGCCACCGCGCACUACCCCGAAACCCUAGACCGCAUCUUCAUCAUCGGCGCGCCUUCCUACUUUAGUACGGUGUGGGGCUGGAUCAAGCGCUGGUUCGAUCCCAUCACCGUGUCCAAGAUUUUUAUUGUGUCGCCCUCAGAGGUGAAGGCGACGCUGGAGGAGUUUAUUGAUCCCAAGAAUAUUCCGAAGCAGUACGGUGGUGAGCUGGAGUUUACGUGGGGGGAUCAGCCGAAGACGGAUCCCUUCAUUAAGGAGACGGUGCGCUGGGAGAACGGGUUGAAGGAUUUCCCUGAGGGCCCCAAGUAUUGGAGGCCGACGGCUGAUGGAACGCGGAUGGAGUGUGUCGCGGUGGGGAGUGAGGGGGGCAAGCAGAGGAUGGUUAGUGUGGGAACUGUUGAGAGGAUUUGUAAUGUGAAGGAGGUGGAGAAGAAGGUUAACGGGGACGCUGAAACUUUGGCUGAGGAGGUCAAGGGGUUGAGUGUUGGUGAUGACGAGAAGAAGGAGGUUGUUGAGACGGGGGAGGGGGCUACGGUUCCUGCGGUCUCUGCUUAG